AGUAACUCCUCUGUUCUUGCCUUUAGGUUUGGAGGCACAUGCCUGCCAGCAUGGACGGAGGCCUGGGUGGGGACCUGGAGACCUCAUCGCCCACGCGGCCAUCAUCUCGGCCCAGUUCCCCAGCCCCGGGCCCCAGUACUCCAUCCCGGGGACAACAGGUUAUGUGGGCCACAGCCCCACCAAAGCCCGUGCCCCCGCCUACACGUUUAGAGGGACCAAACCGCCUGCGGCAGGGAGCUGCGGGCCAGGUCCCUGCUACUUUGUGGAGCCCGCCAUCACCAGGAACGGGAAGUACGUGGCUCGCGGCGCCCAGCUCCGGGGACGACCCGCUGACGAAGACCACCGUCACUCCCGGACCAACGGCAAUUCUGCAGCUCUUGAGAAGACCCUUUCCUCGGGACAGUGCCUGUGCGGUUGCAGAAGAAGAAGACCGGCGCUUCACGGCUUUCUUCCUCUUCUCUUCCGCCCCAGGUGACUACCGCACCGAGGCAGCCAACAGGCACGUCUUCAAGUGCCCACCCGGUGCAGUCCAUGGCCUUCCGGCGGGAGCCCCUCCGGACAGACCACCCUCCAGGUCCUGGCACCUACACGCUGCCCAGGCUGAUGGGGCCCAACACAGUCUACACAUCGGCCAGCCCCUGCUACUCUGUGAGGGGAAGGAGCCAGCGAGGUCGGUUUGACGAAGACCUUGCCAAGGUGAGCUCUGCCGCUCCUCUUUUCCGCGUUAGCAUCCGAACCUGGGCUGCUCCCCCUGUGCCACAGGGGCUUCCAAGCCUGCUGCAACUUUGCUUAACGCAGACUGCCGGGGAAAGAGAGAGCCUUGAAUGUGACCCCAGCCCUGUAUGGUCGUGACUCUCUUGC